ACUAGAAUAGACAGUUCAAAAAACAACCUCAAAGCUACUUGCAAGAGAGAAGCUCAUCUCUAGAAUUCAGAAUACAAGUACUAGAAGAUCCAAACCACCCAAUCUCUCAAUCUUCACUGGUUCAUUGGCUUCCCAAACCAACUCUCUCCUCUCCUCUCCUCCAUUGUAACCCACAAGAAGAAGAAGAAGAAGCUCAUUAGCUAGGCUCAUACAUCUCUCUUUUCAUGUGCACUUGAGCAGAGCACAGACAAAGAAUGAAGCUUCUUCUUGUUAUUGUUGUAAAUUUUGUUGCUUUUGUGCUUGUAGACCAAAACAAGCCAUGCCCUAUUUGUGUUGGAGCUGACCCACUUGUGUCUUCCAUAUCUGCUCCUCUUCCCACACCAAGCUUCUCACCCAUUUCUCCAAUUGCUUCAUCCAUGGCUUCCUUCUCUCCAGGAAUUCAACAGGGAAGUGAAAGGAACCACAUGGAUCGACAUAAGAAGAUUAUCAUUGCUCUCAUUGUGACUUGUGCAAUACUGGGUGCAGUUUUGUCAUCACUAUUGUGUUUGUGGUUUUAUCACAGGAAGUACAAGUUCCUUAAGAGAAAUGCUCAGAGCUCAGAUGCUGAGAAGGAGCUGGCAUUGUCUCCAUUUUUCGGUAAAUUCAAUUCCAUAAAGAUGGUUGGGAACAAAGGAUCUGUUACAGUAAUUGAGUAUAAGCUAAUAGAAAAAGGCACUACCAAUUUUCGGGAGAGUAAUAUAUUGGGUGAGGGUGGAUUUGGAUGCGUUUACCGGGCUCAUUUGGAUGAUAAUUUGAUUGUUGCUGUCAAGAAGCUGGACUGUGCAACUCAGGAUGCUGAGAAAGAAUUUGAGAAUGAGGUGGAGUUAUUACAUAAAAUUCAGCAUCCGAAUAUAAUUUCUCUUUUGGGCUGUAGUAUCGAUGGUGAUUCAAGGUUCAUUGUUUAUGAAUUGAUGCAUAAUGGCUCUCUGGAAACUCAAUUGCAUGGACCUUCUCAUGGAUCAGCAUUAACAUGGCCUAUGCGAAUGAAAAUUGCUCUGGAUAGUGCAAGAGGAUUAGAGUAUCUGCAUGAGUACUGCAACCCUCCAGUGAUCCAUAGAGAUCUGAAAACAUCUAAUAUUCUUUUGGAUGCCAACUUCAAUGCCAAGCUUUCUGAUUUUGGUCUUGCUGUGGCUGAUGGGGCAAGAAACAAUAAUAACAUCAAGCUUUCUGGCACAUUGGGUUAUGUUGCUCCAGAGUAUCUUUUAGAUGGUAAGCUGACAGACAAGAGUGAUGUCUAUGCUUUUGGAGUUGUACUUUUGGAGCUUUUACUAGGCAGAAGGCCGGUAGAAAAACUGGCACCCACUCAAUGCCAAUCCAUAGUCACAUGGGCCAUGCCUCAGCUUACUGACCGAUCAAAGCUUCCACAUAUUGUGGAUCCCGUGAUCAAAGAUACAAUGGAUCUGAAGCACUUAUACCAGGUUGCUGCUGUAGCCGUGUUAUGUGUUCAACCUGAACCAAGUUACCGCCCACUAAUAACAGAUGUUUUGCAUUCUCUUGUCCCUCUUGUUCCUGUCGAGCUCGGAGGGACACUAAGGGUGACACAACCUACACCUCCCGGAAACCCCCAAGAGUCUUCUGAUCACUGAUAGAAAAUCCAUGUUUGAUUAUACUUAUGCAACAGUGCUUUAAGGGUUCUUGGAUAAUCUGGUCCAUGUCACACAUUGAUUUGCUUCGUUUGCUGAGAAGUUUACGCUCUCAGUGAUUCAGGAGCAUCAGAGAUUCAGAGGAAUAAUGUUGGCCUGCUAGAGUGAAAGCGCGUACUGGGAUGAUUUAUCACAUCUGUAAAUUGAUUCAAUUUGAGUCCGAACUAGUGUAUAUGAGGGUAUUACAGAACAAAUUGCUAAUUUCAUUUUUGACCCGGUCUUCAAUGUAUGAGCUAAUCGGCAUGGCAGGGGUUAAUUGAUAAUUACCUCUUGAGCCUCCCCUUUUAUGGUAGAUGUUUUAAAGGAGAUCUCAUAUGAAAGUUAACAUAUCAGCAUAACCCUAUUUUUUGUUGGUAGGCUUCACGUCCAUGUCUGGGGGUACUCAACCAGAUAGAAACUUGAGAGUGGGGU